AUGACUAAUUUAUCAUCACUUGAGGAUUUGAUACGGGCCCAAGAUGAAAUCGAUGAUCUAUGGCAUUCAAUUAACAAAUCUCCAUCAGAUCCGUUGUAUUAUUGGAUAUCAUAUGCAACGUUUACAUUCGCUGUUCUAGGUUCCUUAAGUAACCUUACUUCUGUUAUUGUCCUUUUAAGACUAAGUACGCAUUUGGCAACCUUUGUGUAUUUAACUAGUUUAGCAUUAUCGGAUAUGAUAACAUGUUUAUCCAUAAUGAUCGCUCAACUUCUGGAAUUUAUUCUUCAAACUCGUCGAAGCACAUCUGUUGCUAUUUCGCUUCGUCAAAUCGAAAUUCUCUGUGGAGCGUUAGCUGCCGGUGGUCGAGUUUUGUCAUUUUGGA